UUGUUUGCAUUCUAAAUCAGCAGUUUUGGCACUUAUAAAUAAUCACAGUGCUGAAAUAUAAUUAUACUAUUUUUGUAAGAAGAUAAAAUGAUUUGGGAAGCAGUACUGUAUCAUGUUUAUAUUCCAAAGAUUAUAUGUAAAGGACGACUUGAAGCAAAACGGAACGGAGCCAUACUGUUAGCGUCACACGAGCGUGACAAAUACUUCCGGUGUGUGACCGCUCCAAUCUCACGGAGCCUGCAGCAACAACUGGAAUUCGGGAAAGUAAACAAACAUUGUCUGAUGGAACGUCUGAAUGUCUUCAGUGAUUGCCUAACGGAAUAGCAGUAAAAAAAAAACCUGAAUCCUCAAACAUGUUCCGCCGUAAGAAGGACGUACUGGCUCCGUGGAUUGAGAGUCUCAUCCAGAGUUAUGGGAGUGAGGAGGGGACCAGUGACCGCAGGACGCCGAGGGCUUAUGUUACAGCUGCGAGUCGGAUGUCAAAUUCUGAAGCUAGGCUCACAGAAGGCCCCCCAGAUCUGCUCUUUCUAUCUGAUGGCGUAGUGCAGAUCCCCACCUUUCUCACCCCAACUGCCGUGGAGUAUCUUCGAAGGGACGAGAUUGAAAAUUUCAAGAAUCUGAUCGAUUGUACCGUUUACGUCACAGGCCACAGACUGAAGUUUCACACUGCCGCGGACCCGACCAGAUCCAAGUUCUUCUUGUCAGCUGGAAGGAUUAUGGUAAUUUCAGUUGGCCCAACCAAACCCCGCACCCCAUGCUGCACCACUUUGCGUUCUGUGAAACAGAAAAUCUUUGAGACAUGGAGGGCAAUUAUGGUCCAGGAAACGCAGGACUCUCUAGCGAAUCCAAAUGACUUUAAUCUGUCUGAGCUGCUUGGGGAGUGGCAGAAUGACAAUGUUCAAACCGUGCUUCAGGAUGUGCAGAAGAGACUGAUGAUGUUUAGGUUGGCGAUUCUGGGGGUUUCCUCAUUUAAUGGCCACCCAACAGUGACUGAAUCAGACAUGUUCACUCCCACCAACUGGGACAUCGAACGGGAAAAUGACAUGGGAUGCUUCAGCAUUCCGAUCAAGUGUCUCCUCAUCCCAGAAGGACAUGCCGUGCAUGGACCGAAAGAAAGCGCCAAUAUAUCGACAACCGAUGGGGACAUGAUGUUGAAUUUGCAGCCUUCGCCGUGUACCCGAUCCUCUGUUGAUCCUGUGGACGGGCAAACUGCAAAGCUUCCGGAGGGAGCGGGAGAAGUCCAAAACUGUGGAGAUAACAUCGCCGAUCCUGACAGUGUAUGUGUCAAGUUGACCAAUAAGGAGAUCACACCAUUAGAGAAACCAUGGGAAAUGUUUCCUCCACCUAAUGGUUUAUCUUUCUUGGGUAUGUCCCAGGAAGCCAUUCCAAUACCGCCUAUGCAGUCCCACAAACAAAACUAUCAUUUGAGCAUAACCGGUACCCAACUUCCCAUAACGAGCACACAAUCUGAGGAUUUACAACACAGCAAAGAGGCCCAUGACUCAUUUCCGCCGUAUAAAAAAACGGCGUGCUCAUCUGGCAAAUGUAACACGGGAACACCAACUAGUCCCACUGCUCCCGAAGAAGUGCAGUCCUUAAUUGGGAAUGUAGAUGCGCAACAAGAAACUAUCGGGAGACAACACAGAAAGGCAAAAAGAAAACUGAAUGUUGAGUGUGUGCAAGAAGCGCAAGCAACAGUUGCAGUGGAGGAAGAUGAAGCUCAGGUCAUGACCUCUGGCACUGAUGAAGGCGGCAUUCACGUUGAAACUUUGUGUGCUGAAAAAAGAAAAACUCUGACUGUUCACGCUGGUGGAGAGCCGUUCUCAUACACUUACAUGGCGUCUGGGCAGAAUCUUCACGACUUUAGCAAGUUUCAAGUAGCAAAAUCUCUGCUGGCGUGGGCUGUCAAAUAUCUUGUUCCAAAACAGAGAACGCCGGACUGCACCCUAAGUGAUUGAAACACCACUCUGUUAUUCCUAAUUGACAUUUUCAUUGAAAAUCUCUUUAAGAAAGUUAAAUAUUAUAAAUAACAAUGUUUGUGUGUUUGUUACAUCGUGCAUAGUUUCUAAUAAAAUGAUCCUUUUUUU